AUGGGCUCAGGUAGUAAGAUUAAAUUUGCUGUUUGUGAGCUUCUGCAGUUCGCAGGUUUUUGCGUUCCACUCUUUAUCGUAAUGCAGCGUUUCGCUGUCAUCGUGUCUCGAGCAAUGGGCCAAUCACAGGCCUCUGCCGGGAAUGCAACGACAGCUUAUUGGCUGAUCGUGGCGUCGUCCGUGGCCUACGUGACAUCAAUGGCCAUGCUGAUCUGGUUGCCUAUGAAGUACAUGGUCUUUAUGAAGAAGAAAGCACUGGUGGCCCAGGAGGAGUGGAGACCUGUUGCUCUGGCUUAUGUGCUUCUCUCGACGCUGCCCUGUUUCGCUUUCCUCAUCGCCAGUUCUGAGGUACAGAUUAGAAAUGAUCUGAGGUUGGACACGUUUGCCGAAUUGCCUGUGUCAAUGGUUCUUUUCUCUCUGAUUUGCAUCGAUAUAGUGGAACGAAUCCGUCAUUGCAGACUAACUGGUCAAGCUAAUGAACUGGCACGUGAUCCGAACAUUGCCUCUCCGGAGGUGACAUAUGUCGGUAGGGUUUCUUCUAUAGUCACUCCUGCGACCGGGCCAUCACCUGCUGCUAACAUUGGUGCAGAUCACGCACCGCAAACGGCGAACAGGAUGGUGCGAGGGUUGUCUGCCAGCGCGACAGCUACGGGCUUAACGGGCAACGGGACGGCCCCGGGUCACGACGCCAACGCACCGGUUCCAUUGCUGCCUAAUAAUGGAGCGGUUUCAGGCCUGUCAGCUGCGGGGCUCCAUGGCAACACAACAAUUCCAGGGUUGCCCAGCAAUGGUGCAUUUCCAAGAUCGAUAUCAGGCAACCACAGGCAGACAUAUGGCAUUCCGGGAGUUUAUCCACCAUGCCCCAUACCCUUUGCAAACUUUCCAGCCACCCCUCCAUUCUCAGGACCACUCAGAUUCCUGCUAGCCAGCGAUGUCCGUGCUAACGUGUUCGCGGACAGCUUUUUGUUCUGGUUGGAUACGGUGGAGAUGGUUCGGGUAACGGGUCACACUCCUGUGUAUUUUUCCGGCUGGGCUUUACCGGUUUACCUAUUUUGUUUCUUAUCCUCGAUGCGAUUGGUUUUAACACCUCACAGUCCCCUCCUGUCACCUCUGGGUGUGGUUCUUCAAGAUCUUCCCUUUCUCGUCUUGAGAACGGCAUUGAUAGCUUUGUUCGGUUUUGUUACGCCGCUGCUGUACUUGAUGAAGAAUCUGCUGGUCUGCCUGGCCUACAUCUACUUCAACUUCAUGACAAAACUGAAAGUGUUCAACACGGAGAGAAUGUUCUGAUGGAGAUGCUUGGAGAAAUAGCAGAAGCAAAUUUAUGACUUAGAAAACAGACUAAAUAUAUAGAAAGUAUUUCAAUUUGACUGGAACGAGUGACUGUUUCUGGCAUCUUGUUCUCUGAAUGUAAUCAAUGUUCUGCCAAACACUUCUUUUAUAACCCAAAAGAGUGAUUUAUUGUCUUACUGGUUGGUUUGGAUCUACAUAGCACCGAGAUAUUUAAGAAUCUUCUUCUCUCUGUGACAGACAGAGUGGA